GGCCAUCAUUCAACCAAUCAAUCUCCAACUCCUGGAUUGCAAGGCCAUCAUUCAACCGGUCCAUCUCCAAGCCCUGCAUUGCAAGCCCGCCAUUCAACUGGUCCAGCUCCAAGCCUUGGAAUGUACCCACAGACAUCAAACUAUUUGGCCCCGAUUUCCUUGCAAAUAAAGAAUUAUGCAAUAUAAAAGUGGGCAGCACCCAGCUGGAUUUCCAUUGGAUGGGCAAGACUGGCUAAAGCCAUUGGUCGCUUCCUGGAACGCUCAAGUGUGACAUCACCCCACAUGCCCCCCCUCCCACCAUAACCGCUGUUGACCGGUUGCUUCCGCCAUUCCAGCCCCUGCUGUCUUUCCUGGCCGCCGUGGGUCUGGUGGGAUCCUUCUGGCUUAUUGCAGUAGGCUAAUUUUGAGGUCCAGCGGGCGAGAAAAUGAGACAUAAACCCCUAGGAAGUGGGGUACCCCUAACCUCCUGGGUGUAUUUAAUUGGGGAUUAAAUAGUCUUGACUUUCUCCACCUUGGCAGCAGGGUGGACUUCAACUCCCAGAAUUCCCCAUCAAGCUGCUAAAGUGGAGAAACGCUGCUGUCGGUAUUAUUAGCAGAGGCCUUAAGGAGAGAAAAUCAAAGCUGGAGGUCAUGGCAGCCCACGUCCCGAUGGCCCCCGGUCUUCCUCAGAUGCUCAAAGCAGGGAUGAAGUACUUCAGCGGCUUGCAAGAGACCCUCUUCACCAACCUGAUGGCCUGCAAGGCCUUGAUGCACUGCCUGCGCACGUGCUACGGCCCCUUGGGCCACAACAAGCUGGUGAUCAACCACGUGGGCAGGAUGUUCCAUUCCUCCCACGCCGCCACCAUUGUGAAGGAGCUGGAGCUGGAGAGCCCCAUGGCUUGCCUGUUGCGCUCCGCUGCCGAAACCCAAGAGGAAGAGACGGGGGACGGGACCAAUUUCGUCGUCCUGCUGGCUGGGGCCCUGCUGGAGAACGCGGAGAAGCUCCUCAGGUCCGGCCUGUCGAUGGUCCACAUCCGAGCGGGCUACGACAUGGCUUGCAAAGAGGUCCUACGGCUCUUGCCGGGCCUGGUCUGCUUCACGCUGAAAAACCCCCGCCACCAGGAGGAGGUGCAAUGUGUAUUGCAGUCCAUCAUGGGCAGCAAACUUUUUGGCUACCAAAAGUUCUUGUCCAAGCUGGUGGCCACGGCGUGCAUCUCGGUGGCGCCUCCCGACCACUCAGCUUUCAACCCGGAUCUCAUCCGGGUCUUCAAAGUCCCGGGAGGGGCCAUCUUGAACUCCUACGUCUUGGAAGGGAUGCUCCUCCCCGCGGAGGCCGAGGGCAUCAUCAAGCGCGUGGAGAGAGCCCGAAUCGUGGCCUACUGUUGUCCUUUUGGCGUCUCCAGGUUUGAAGCCAAGAACACGGUCAGGUUCGAAAGCGCCUCCCAGCUGAAGAACUUCGGCAAAACGGAAGAAAAUAUCAUGGCCGAACGAGUCCUGGCUCUCGCCAAAGCCGGGGUGAACGUCAUGGUGGUGGGAGGAAGGGUGGACGCCCUGGCCGUCUUCUACGCCGACCGUUGCAGGAUCAUGGUGGUGCGACUGCCCUCCCGGAUGCAACUCCAGCGCCUGUGCAAAAUGGCGGGCGCCACCCUACUGUUCAAGCCCACCGUGCCGUCGCCCGAGGACAUGGGACACUGCUAUCGUGUCUACACCACCGAGAUCGGCAGCACCAGUGUACUGGUCUUCAGUCAACACGGCACGCCGUGUCCUUUGGCUACGGUGGUGCUCCGAGGAGCCACCGGCGAGAUGCUGGACUGUCUGGAAGAAGCCAUCCGAGAUGGCGUGCAGGUUUACAAGAACCUGGGCACCGAUGCCCGGCUCUUGCCAGGGGCCGGGGCCACCGAGAUGGCUCUCUCGGUACGCCUGAGCACUCUGGGCAUGUACUACCCCGGAUGUGAACAAUACGGCAUUUUGGAGUUCUCCCAAGCUUUGAAAACUCUCCCCGCCAUCCUGGCGGACAAUUCAGGCCUGUCGGUCAACGAGAUGAUGGCCAAGAUGGAAAUCCAGCAUCAACUAGGCAACCAGAAUACCGGCAUCCUGUUGGGCGUGGAAGAGGCCAGCACCGUGGACGCCGCUGCGGAAGGUGUGCUGGACCCGUACCUGGUGAAAUACCGGGGUAUCGUCCUGGCCACUCAAAUAGCAAUGACGUUGUUAGAUGUCAGCGACAUCAUGGUGGCCAAGAAGAGUGGGGGUCCCAAACCACGAGGGGAUAACCCCAACUGGGACAAAGAACCAGACGAGUUGGAUUGAGGGGGGGG